GGUCCUCACGAGGUGACCUGACCUAGGACUACUAAGGUGAUAGUAGAAGAAAAGGACAGGAAAGCAGAAGGUCCUCUCCCCACCCUCCACUCCCUCCGGCAUAAGCCGUACAGGAAAACAGGUCGGGAAGAAAUACCUUACGGGGUUAGAGAAGAAAAAAACCCGAAGGAAAUUUUAUAGGAGAGAAAGAGAGUAGAUGAAAUGAGGUGCCCACAUUUCCUGAAGGCAAGAAAGUUAAUCACUAACAAACAAACGCUGUUAGCCGCGGAUUGCAAGCAAGAUAUUUAUCAAGAUGGCGUUUAAAAGUCUCAGCGGUGUUGCAGUCUAUCACGUCUCGAGGAAGCCCAUUCCAUAGAUUUACUACUCGAUGGGAAAAAAUAUUUUUUUAUUCGUGAGAGAUGAAGGAUUUCCCAACAGUUUUGUGACCGUUUCCUCGCGUGUAAUUUGAAAAGUCUUUCGUGAAAUAUUUGCAGUCUAUGUUAUCAAUGCCUUUGAUGAUUUUAAACACCUGUAUUAAGUCGCCUCAUAGUCUUUGUGUUAAUGGGAAUAGAUAUAAUCUUUUAAGACGCCCUUCGUAUGAUUUGUUUCUUAAGCUUGGUAUCAUUUUUGUUACUCUACGCUGAACUCUUUCUAAUUUACCAAUGUCUCUUUGUCAAAAGGGGCGCCAUGCUUGAACGCAGUAUUCCAAAAGGGGACGGACUAAAAGUUAUACAAAGUGAGGAUUGUAUCCUUAAAUUUAUAUUCAAAAGAUCUGCCGAUUAAGCCAAUUACUUUAUUCGCUUUAUUUACGACUUCUGAACAUUGUUGGACAAGUUUUAAGCUACUCGAUGUUGUCACUCCUUAAUCAAUUUUGUUGUCAACACUUUUAAGUUGGGUACCAUUUAAAAUAUACUUUGCUUUCUCGUUUCUGUACCCUAUGUGAAGCACUUUGCACUUAUUUGCAUUAAAAUUCAUUUGCCAGGUUUGCCCCCAUUCUGUCAAUUUAUCUAGAUUUUUCUGCAUUACUUGUUCGUUAGAGACUACGGAAUUCGCUAUUUUGGUGUCGUCAACAAAGGGAGAGAGAGAGAGAGAGAGAGAGAGAGAGAGAGAGAGAGAGAGAGAGAGAGAGAGAGAGAGUACUGUAGUGAUGGAAGUAAACAGUUAAGGUAAUGGGCAACCUAUCUGUGGUGACAGAAGGCAGGACAGACAGAGAAUUAAAUAGAAAGAUGAGAUAGCUUUUGCUGGGCUGACUUGGUAUAAGACAGACAGCAGACAGAGAGGAGUAGACAAGCUCAGGGGAGGCCUUAAUCAUGCAGAGACGUCAUACUGGUCGACCUUAAUGAAGAAAAGAAUGAAAUCUGGCAGUAGACAAGACGUUCUCCCUCGUCAGCAUACUACGAGUUACCAGUUGAGCGGUGGACGGCGUGACGCAAGGAUGAGCAGUGAGGCGCUCUUCCCUUCCCUCGGGGCACUGGAACAUGUGCUGACGGUCGCAGGAGUCUUGGCAGUGUCCAAGAUCCUCCUGCAGCUGCUGUGGAGUCUGGGCAGCGGCGUGAGGGUGCACUUCUGGUCGCGGUUAUGGAAGAAGCGGCUAGUGGAAGACUACGGGCGGUGGGCAGUGGUGACGGGCAGCACUGAUGGCAUCGGGAAGGAGUACGCCAAGGAGCUGGCCAGGAGGGGCAUGAACCUGGUCCUCGUCUCGCGCACCAUGGAGAAGCUGCACAAGGUCUCGGCGGAAAUUGUGCGGGAGUUCGGCGUGCAGACGGAGGUGAUACAGGCUGACUUCAGUGGCGGCCGUCCCAUCUAUGAAGACAUCGCCAAGGGCCUGCAGGGCAAGGAGAUUGGGAUCCUGGUGAACAACGUCGGGGUCUUGCUGUCUGAACCCCAGGAGUUCGGGGACGUGUCUGAGAAGGACAUCUGGAGCCACAUCAACGUCAACGUGGCCUCGGUGCCCGCCAUGACCAAGCUGGUGCUGCCGGGCAUGCUGAGGCGAGGCCGCGGUGCAAUAGUCAACGUAUCCUCCAUCACCUCACUAUGUCCUGUCCCCAUGAUCGGCAUCUACUCGGCCACCAAGGCAUUCGUGGACUUCUUCUCCCGCGCGCUGCAGUGUGAGUACCGCAACUCAGGCAUCACCGUGCAGACUCUCAUCCCCGGUUAUGUCUCCACGAACAUGACCAAGUACUGUGACCUCGUCCAUAAGCCCGGCGUGUUCAUCCCCAUCGCCUCGACCUACGCCUCUAGCGCCAUAAACACCCUGGGCUACGCGCGCCACACCACGGGCUACUGGGCUCACAGCUUGCAGGCUUACUUCCUGAACUGCUUGGACCACCGGCUCUCGAUACCUAUGCUCUGGAUGUGGCAUAAAAUACAACAGGAGGCAAUGAAAAAGAAACUGAAAUAAAAUGGCAAGGCGGAAAGAGGCGCUCCUGAGUUUGCGUGUAUUGGUUAUUUUAUGUAGAGGUAGAUGGUAAGGUUUUUCACUUGAUAUUGCCUGUGCGAAUAUACCUAUUGUGGUCUAUAUAGCAAACAGUGCUCGGAAUCCACACUUGAAAAACAAGAAUAAUAAAUAAAUAAGUAAAUAAAUAAAUAAAUAAACAAAUAUAUAUAUAUAUAUAUAUAUAUAUAUAUAUAUAUAUAUAUAUAUAUAUAUAUAUAUAUAUAUAUAUAUAUAUAUAUAUAUAUAUAUAUAUAUAUAUAUAUAUAUAUAUAUAUAUAUAUUAUUUUUUGACUUGGUGAAAUAUCAAAUACUGCUGGAGUGUCAUCGGCGCCUGCUGGAUGAUCAUCAGUAGCGUGAAGAGUUUCCUUCUCAGGAGUUGUGUUUUCCAGAUCGUUUGUGUUGUGGACUGCGCGUUAGGUAUCUUCUACGUGUGCAUACCUGUGUUGAUGCUAAGAAAUUAAUACCUAUUUUGAGGAGUUUCCUGUUUUAUAACUUCUCCCUUGAAUCUUAUGUUAGUAGUGAUUGUUUAGACUUCGUUAAAUAGUGCGAUAUUAAGUGUACUUAAUACUUACGAUAGCUUGCUGAGAAUUUAUACUCAUAAGAAACUUUAAAUCCUGUAUGUGCACUGAAGUGUUUGAAUAUUACAAUAACUUGAAUAAUUUCAGUUAUUUUAUAUAUAUAUUUUUAGUUAACUUUAUGCAUGUCAUUGAUGACUGAUUGACUUGUGUGACAAUUUACAUUAUUAUAAUUAGUUUAUUGCAUGUUAUUCAUAAUUGAUUACUGGUGCGACCUCUGUGUAUAUCAUUGUUACCGCGUGGAGCAUCCUCAUGCCUCUCGUGUUGAUGUUUUCUUAGUGCCUUGAUAAUCUAUUUAGUUCAGUUUUCUUAUUAUUGUUUUAUGUUUCGUUCUGUGUGUGGACGUUUACCUUUUGGUAAUCAAUGAUGAUCUGGUGUUUGAUCUUUUUUUUUUCUUAUAUGCAUGAUAAUUAAGAUACUUUUACUUGGUAAUAAAUUACAAAGUGUUA